AUGACGAUCGAAAGAAAGCCACGCGUCGUAUCCCUCGGAACUCCUGCUUUUGUCAAUGAAGAAUACAUCACUCGAUUCAAAACCGACUUUGACUAUUCGGUCUUGCCCGCCACAAACCGCGAGGAGACACAGACUUUACUGCCCAAAGACAUCGCGAAGAAUGGACCGAUCGAUGCAUUUAUCAUUCGCAUGGGCACGCCACCGUACGAGCCUUUCGACGAGGAUUUGUUGAAGGCACUGGUACCAGAAUGCAAAAUCAUCACCUCUGCCAGCGCAGGGUACAAUGAGUUCGACGUGGACUGGAUGGCUAGUCGAAAUAUUGUGUUCUGCAAUACCGUCAAUGCAGUCGCAGAGGCUACAGCAGAUAUGGCCGUGUUUUUGAUGCUUGCUGUCUUGAGAAAUACUACAAAUGCUGAGAAGAGUGCCCGGAACGGUACUUGGAGGAAGGGAGCGAACCUGGUUCCCACUUGCGAUCCUUCCGGGCUCACUCUUGGUAUUGUUGGGAUGGGUGCCAUUGGAAAAUAUCUCGCUAGGAAAGCCGCUGUCUUCAAUAUGAAGAUUGAAUACUUCAAUCGAAACCAGCUCCCAGCAGCCGAGGAGGAAACAUAUGGGGCAACAUACUGCAAAUCUUUGCAUGAUCUUCUCCAACGAGCAGAUGUCGUCUCUUUAAAUUGCCCCCUCAAUGCAGCAACCACAAACUUGAUUAGCACAGCUGAAUUUGCUGCCAUGAAAGAUGGGGUAUUCCUCGUCAAUACGGCUAGAGGGGCAGUCAUUGACGAGGAGGCUCUCAUUGCGGCGCUAGAGUCGGGCAAGGUACAACGUGCUGGCCUUGAUGUUUUUGUCAAUGAGCCCAGCCCGAGAUCCUACUUCCUACAGAGCGAUAAAAUUGUUCUGCAGCCACAUCUGGGUGGGUUGACGGAGAAGGCGUUCCAGAAAGCUGAAACUGAAUGCUUUGAGAAUAUACGCGCUUUUUUCACAACCGGGAAAGCAAACUCACCGGUUAACGAGAUUAAGGGAUAG